AUGCUUUCGAGGGUGAUGCACGGAGAGCCCUCUUCCCCAUGCAGGUCUACUCCAGACCACGUGGAAGGGAAGGAUCUAGGAGAAAAGGAGAAUUCAGGAAAAUAUUGCAGACUGGGAGCUGAACCCUCAGUUCGUCAGGAAAAAAAUAGGGUGAGCAAAAAUCGAUUGGUGCCUUAUUUGUAUAAAAGGACUAUGGAUAAGCACAUAGCACCUCAUCUGAGCUGUUUGUGCACUGUUCUGUUGGUGCUCAUUUGGACUGGCAUCUCACAUGCCCAGAAAGACUGCACAGGAGUGGAGUGCCAGCAACUGGAGAACUGUAUUGAAGAGGUGCUUGAGCCUGGUGAAUGCUGUGCCUCUUGUUUGCAACAUGGUUGUACUUGUGAAGGCUACCAGUACUAUGACUGUGUCAACGUGGGAUUCAUGAAUGGCAAAGUGCCCGAAGGGCAAUCUUAUUUUGUGGACUUUGGAAGCACUGAAUGCUCAUGUCCCAAGGGAGGAGGCAAGAUAAGUUGCCAGUUUAUGCUUUGCCCCGAAUUGCCUCCAAACUGUAUUGAUGCGGUGCUACCAGCUGAUGGCUGUCCUCAGUGUGGACGAAUAGGCUGUCUCCAUGAAGGUCAGAAGUAUGUAGCUGGCCAUACAUUCCAUAUUCCUCCAUGCAAGGUUUGCCAUUGCCCAAAUUCUGGAGGUGAACUGAUGUGCUACCAGCUCCCAGACUGUGGGGCAUCCACCUUGAGUCCAACGGAUACUGAAGAGAACCAGACAGAGAGGCACUACGAUGAUCCGUACAGCUAUGACCAGGAGGCACCCGAAGGAGACGCCAUUCAGGUGGAAUCUCCCAAAAAACUCAGGAACUCUGCAGCCCAUACAGAAGAAGACAGCAUUGGCCAAGAGCAAAGCGAGGAUUACGAGUACCAUGCAAUCAGCGUUACUUCCCCACCAUUGACUCAACCUGUUACACACACCGAAGAAGCUGCUGUAGCAGUCACCACAAACGCUUCUACUCCCCAUCCUGAACUUAGCAGUGCAUCGGCACAAGAGGAGGAAAAGAGAGACCUACGCACCACAAUGGCCCCCACAGUGCAGGUCCUGAGUGAAAAAGUAACCACACCUAGCAGUGUCCCUGAGGAACAAACAACUGCUAUGAUGCUGAUGGCAAAGCAAGUGGUAGAAUCAGAGAGAAAAACAAAGGGGAAACAAGGAGAGAGAGAGCGACAUGAACAAGAAGGAAUUGCUCGCCCUAAGCCAAGGAAACACAUGAGAAAAGAUUAUAAAGAGCAGGGGAGCAGUAUAUCUCCAGCUCUGAAAGAGACAAAUGUGACCGUGUCACAUGGUCACAGACCUUCCCAUGAAAAGCAUGGAGAAAAUACUUUCCCUAAGGUCAAAUUUAGUUCCACCACAUCACCUCCCAUUGCUCUGAAAGAAGACCAUAGUCAGGCAUCCCAAAAGCAGUCACAGAUGCUUUAUCAUUAUCAGCCUGAAGAAGGUGGAGACCCUAAUUCUAUUCAUGCUGCCUCCAGGUUACCAGAAGGUUCUACAAAGGACUUAAUUGAAACUUGCUGUGCAGCGGGACAACAGUGGGCUAUAGACAACGGGGAAUGCACAGAAAUCCCAGUCAGUGGGGCUGAUGGUGAUAUUUGCAGAAUUGCUCAGAAGCAGUGCUGUGUGUCCUACUUAAAAGAAAAUAGCUGUGUUGCUGGCAUGAUUGCAGCCAAGGAAGGAGAUAUGUGUGGACCUGAUGAAAGUGAUACCUGUGGAGGAUCUUUAUAUAAGCAAUGUUGUGAUUGCUGCAGUCUGGGCCUGAGAGUAAAAGGUGAGGGGCAAACCUGUGAGUCCAACCCUAAUCUCGGCUAUCCCUGCAACCACGUGAUGCUAUCCUGCUGUGAAGGAGAAGAUCAUCUUAUUCCUCCAGAAAUAAAAAGGCAUCCUGAACCACUGCCAACAGUGACGCCUGAGAGAAUUUCAGAGAUUGAGGAUCACAAUGAAGCCUUGUCCAUCAGUAAUGAAGCUGAGCUGUCUAAUAGCUUACCCGGAGAUGACCUGGAUGAGUGCCUUGUCUACCCUGGAGAGCUCUGUCAGCACCUGUGCAUCAAUACAGUGGGAUCUUACAAGUGUUCGUGUUUCCCAAGAUUUACUCUGCAAGAUGAUGGACUCAGCUGUAACCCAGAUGUUGAUGAUGGACAGAACACUGACGUAGGAGUGGAAGCCACCAUUGCUCCAGAAGCCUCCAAUAUUCAGCCUACCACUAUUAAGACUUUACAAGUCGAACAAAAUAAGUGUAAAGAUAAUGGCCCCUGCAAGCACCUUUGUAAUGUUGUAGAAGGCAGUGCCGUGUGCUCGUGCUUAGGUGGAUAUGCUCUCAUGGCUGAUGCCGUUUCCUGUGAAGAUAUUAAUGAAUGUGUAACAGAAGCCCACACCUGUAAGCGAGGAGAACACUGUAUUAACACAGUUGGAUCAUUUACCUGUCUCCAAGAACUCAGCUGUCAGCCAGGCUAUGAAUUUAAGGAUGGUGAAUGUAUUGACAUUGAUGAAUGUGUAAGAGGAACUCAUAGCUGUAAAGUAAACUUUGUAUGUCAGAAUACAAAAGGAUCAUUCUAUUGUGAAUCCAAGCAGAGAUGCAUGGAAGGAUUUUUACAAGACCCAGAGGGUAAUUGUGUCGAUAUUAAUGAAUGCACCUCACUUCCUGAGCCAUGCAAGCCUGGCUUCAACUGCAUCAAUACUGUUGGAUCCUACACUUGUCAGAGAAACCUGCUGAUGUGCAGCAGAGGGUAUCACUCCAAUGAGGAUGGAUCCCGAUGUGUUGAUGUUGAUGAAUGUCAGACAGGCAUACACCGCUGCGGAGAGGGACAGAUUUGUCAUAAUCUACCUGGAGCUUAUCGCUGUGACUGCAAGAUGGGCUAUCAGUAUGAUGCAUUCAGCCGAGCCUGUGUUGAUAUAAAUGAGUGCUGGAAUUACCCAGGACGACUGUGUCAGCACACUUGUGAGAACACUCCUGGGUCCUACCAUUGCUCUUGCUCAUCUGGAUUCCGCUUGGCCUAUGAUGGGAAGCACUGUGAAGAUGUGAACGAAUGUGACAGCACUCCGUGUAGUCAGGAAUGUGCCAAUGUCUAUGGCUCCUAUCAAUGUUACUGCAGACAAGGGUACCAGCUUGCAGAAGACGGCCAUGCAUGUAAAGAUAUUGAUGAGUGUACCCAAAGUGCAGGCAUUCUUUGCACUUUCCGCUGUGUGAAUGUUCCUGGUAGUUACCAAUGUGCUUGCCCUGAGCAGGGAUAUACAAUGGCCGCAAAUGGAAGAACAUGUCGAGAUAUUGAUGAAUGUGCAAUUGGGACCCACAAUUGCUCCGCUGCGGAGUCUUGCUACAAUAUCCAAGGCAGCUACCGAUGCCUGUUGUUCGAGUGCCCUCCAAACUACAGGAAAGUGUCUGACAUGAGGUGUGAACGCAACAAUUGCUUUAACUAUGUGGAUUGCCAGAACACCCCCGUGCGAAUUACUUACUAUCAACUCAACUUUCAAACCAACAUCAUAGUCCCAGCUCAUAUUUUCCGUAUUGGACCUUCACCUGCCUAUGCUGGAGACAACAUAAUCCUCACCAUCAACAAAGGAAAUGAAGAAAACUACUUCAGCACUAGGAAGCUUAAUGCCUAUACAGGCAUCGUCUAUCUUCAGCGACAAGUGAAGGAGCCUAAAGACUUUUUGUUAGAUGUUGAAAUGAAAUUAUGGCGUCAAGGAACAUACACGACGUUUCUUGCCAAAAUUUACAUAUUCAUCACAGCUCAUGCUUACUGAGACACGUACUGACAUUGGAAUGUAUUGGUGCUAUGCUCUUUCAAUAGUCUACAAAGGUUAUUAUGGUGGAACUGGUAUUUACUGUAUCUACCCUUUAUAUUACUUUUCUAUUAUUGCUUCCAAUUCUUUUUAUCCGUUGUGUAAAUUAACUUAAUUUUUACUGACGUAUCUUUUGUGUAAUUCUUUAGCUGGAAUCUUCUUUUUGACUCACUCCAGUGAAUUCCUUUGGUUUAGUUACAGUUAUAAGAUACUGCACUAGAAAGGAAAACAGUUCACUUAGCCCUGGUCUUAUUUUGAAAUAACAAGUGGGUGUCCACACUACCAAGCCCGUUAUUUCGAAAGAAGAGGCUGGUUAUUUCGAAAUAUCUGCUGCUUUCCACAAGGAAUAAUGCUCAUUUUGCAUAUGUUAUUUCAAAAUAGCGGUAGUGUGGAUGCUCCACUGCUGCUAUUUCGAAAUAACUACUUCUGAGAAUCAUUCAAACUAAUUACUCCCCAGAGCUUCUUGGGGCACAAAGUUGAGUUAGCACAUCCACAAUAGUGGAACUUGCCUCAGAUUAAUUUUGAGGCUUCCCCAUAGUGUGGACACGCUAUUUUGAAAUUAUUAUUUCGGGAGUUACUAUUUUGAAAUAAGUUAUUUUGAAAUAGUUUCCUAAUGUAGACAUGUCCUUAGAGGCUUUGGUGUGUGCCACUGACUGGGAGGGUAGAUGGACUGAGCAAUUUCUCUUUAGCACAGAUUGCACAAACCUAAAGUUUUGCUUAGCCAAAAGCUUUACGGAGGUGUGUCUAUACCCAGAUGCUGUGGUGAGGAAGGACAUAUAAGUACACAGACAGACAGCUAGUGAACCUCAUGUAAAAGGUUCAUUUUCCCCCAACUUUCAUAAUAUAGCAAUAAAUAUAGAACAUAUGCAAACAAACCUGCCCCACCCACAAACAAACUAUAAGACAGGUUGAACCUCUCUAGUCCAAAACUCACUAGUCUGGAAACAUCCGUCAUCCAGAAUGAUUUUAGUUACCCAGAUGUCUACUUUUCAUGGGUGUGGCCACGUUUCCCAUAAAGUUUGUUUACAGCCACCAGUCCUAGCUCUCAGUGUUCUGUGCUGUCAUUUAGCUCUAAUUUGUCUUCUUACAAUCCAGUAAGCAGUGUAAGUGUUGGUAAUGCUGCUAAACAAUAUAGACCUCCCCUCGUCUGGAAAAUUCUCUCAUUCGGAACUGGUCAGGUCCCAAGGGUGCCGGAUUAGAGAGGUUCAACCUGUAAUAGGUUGACUUUAUAGAGACUAUUCAUGUGCUUAAAUUUAAGUACAUGUUCAAGUAUGUACAGGACUGAAGCCUUAAAGUAAUGUCUUGCACUGUCAAUUAGAAAUUCACAUUGCAGUUAGUUGUAUUUGUCCUGUAUGUGUUUGAACUCCUCUUUUGAACACAUUCUAUUCCGGUAGCUCUGAUUACACAUUAGCUGUGUUAUACUUCUUAAAAGGAAUGCCAAAGAGGAAACAUGUAAUCAAUUAACAUACUUGGUUCAAAAGUCUGGGUGUGCAAUUAGAUUAAUAGAUUGCAAUUUCAAAUAAACAAAAUAAAAGGGAAGUAACUUAUAUUUUCUAAGAAAAUUCCUUCAGGUAUGCUAUCUUCAUGAUGUAGCGAAAAAUGCUAAUUAAAUUGGCAGGUUUUUUAGUGUCAUUAUGUCACAGUACAACUUCAGUUUCAAAGCCCUACACUAGGACCUUAUUCCUAACUCCCCUCCCCCAAGUUUGAAUUUAUAAGCGGUUCAUCGACACUACCAAGCCCAUUAUUUUGAAAUAACAAGCCGCGGAUGUUGAACUCUGUACUCCUGCUUUUCACGUUGAGUAAUGCUAAUUCUGAAAUAGUAAUUUUGAAAGAACUGUGUGGACGCUCCAGUACUGCUAGUUUGAAUUUAUUGGCCUCCGGGAGGCCUCCCACACAUCUCCAGAGUGCUUCCUGGGGCUCUGAAUUUGAGUCCCCAUUAACAGAGGCUUCCUCGGAUGAAUUUCAAUGCUUCUGGGUAGUUUGGACACUCUAGUUUGAAUGUGUUAAAUUAGGAGUUCUUAAGUCGAAUUUAGUAAUUUUGAAAUAGUUUCCUAGUGUAGAUAUGGCCAAAAUGGAUUUCCUCUUGUUUCAUAGGAUAUGUCUACACUACAAAGAUAAAUCGGAAAAAGAAACGUAUCUUUUUCCGAUUUACUUCCGAAAGAGGCUUUUCCAAAAUUUGGGCCGUCAACAUGGGGUCAAAUUUUGGGAAAAAACCUCUUUCGGAACACCCCUUCUUCCUCGUAAAACAAAGUUUACAGAGAUGCCAAAAAAAGUAUCCGCUUUUCUGACAUUUUUUUCGGAAAAGCAGAUGCAAUCCUCUGCAGUCUAAACAUAGCCAUAGGAAACUGGAUGAUAGCCCAAAGUUGAGGGCCAGGUGUGGUAUGCGUAAUGUAAUCAAAGUAUUUGUUAGAACUUAGAAGCAAAUAUCAACAAAUUUUUAUAGAUCUUUUUAAAAAGCUCCAGUGCUGUAAUUUUCUAAGCAUCCUCUGACCUAGUUAUAAUUAUGUUGCAAAAUGUUCUUGAUGAAAAUCAUAAAUCCAGUAUACUCACUACUCUGUAGUUUAAUAAUCCAGUCUAUCCUACAGUAGACCAUAUAUUGGCCAGUGUGCAUUGUAUAUAAAAUGAAAGAAACCAAAGCCUGUGCAUUUUAUACAGAAAUAAUCAACCAUUUGAUUAUCAUCUUUUUGUAAAAUAUUAACUUGUGCUGUGGAUUAAGAAUUUUAAAAGUUAGCUAUGGGGUGAAGAGGGAGAUGUACUGUAUUCAUUAUAUCCCAUGGUCAAUUCUACCAUUUCAAAUAAGUCAUUUUUAAAAUUUGAACUUUUUUCAGAUAGUAAAACAUAAACCUUUUUAUACCUAACCUUAGACAUACCCAUGACUAUAGAAAAUGAUUUGUUACUCUUUAGUUGUAAAUUCUGGAAUAUCUGUAAGUUGCUUACAUCAAACUUGUACUUGUGCUAUCAGAAUCCUUUCUGUAAAAGUGAUCGCCACACGAGUUCUGUUUUUCAUAGUUAAUGGCCUUAAGAAAUGACCAGUAAAGUGCCAAUUGGAAACAAUGCGUUUAUGCAAUUUAUCAUUUCAAGGAACUGUCUCUGCAAUGCUAGGAUUGGCAAGAUGAAGAGGAAAAGCCACAAUGAGUACAAAAGUCUUUCAGAUUCAUUAUGCAGCUUGCACAUUAGGAGGUGAUAAGAGUUCUCCGUGCCCCAGUAGGGCACAUCAAGAAUCACUGAAACCCAAAGUUCUCCAUCAGCAUUAGUAUUUGAUUGAGUAUAAAUGCCAUUCAAGCUCCAGCAGUCUGUCCUGUCAGAGAAUAAAUGGACAAACAAUUUGUUACUUCUGCUGACUAAAAGCAACAACAGUCAAUCAUUAUGUUAAGCCUCUGGCAGUUUGAAACACUGGCUUUUCAUUUUCUAGGACAGGUAAUUGAUGAACAAAGUUCUGGAAAAGGCUUUGCAUGCUAUGAUAUAAAAAUAUUGCUUAAUAGUGUUUAACCCUGUUUUCAUCAGCAGUGCAAGCUACAGGCAAC